AUGUCUGCAGAUGUAGACACUCUCCGCGCAGACGGAGAUGUCAAUGAUGACCUCACUCCUCAAGAUCUGAAUGGCGGCGCUUCGGAAGACGAUGGCGACUUGUUUGGAGACGAUGAUGAGGAGCAAGACCUGGCACCAACAACAGAGCAUAAUCGCACCCUCGACGAUUCGGACCUUGACUCUGGUGACGACCAAGGCCGAACCGAUCGCCUGGAACCCACGGUGGAAGAUGCUGAUGAUGACCAAGGCUUGUAUGAGGAGAAAAGACUUCGCUUGAUGGACGUGGACAUGGCUCGCAUCAAUUCCAUACAUGCGCAGGAGCUGUACAGUCUCAGUAUUCCCCCAUUUCUAGGCGUCAAACAUAAAGCCUUUGAUCCCACCACAUACACCCCUCCAACUCAGCCGCACCUCUUCAGAGAGGGCGACCCUGAACCGAGCUCGAAAUUUUCUGCCUUUAACACCGCUUCCACCACCAUGUUUUGGCGCCGAGAUCCCAAAAAUCCUAAACUCGCUCAAUCCAAUACCCGUCUGAUACGGUGGUCGGACGGGAGCUUUACUCUUCAGAUGGCCUCCCAACCCAAAGAACAAUACAGAAUAAGCACAAAUGCUCUCAGACAAGGUUGGCCAAAGACACAAAAGUCUUCCAGCCAAAAAGAUGACUAUGAUCCUACCAAGGAUACCCAUAAUUACCUAGCAGCUCCCCACGCCUCUGGUGGCAUUGAUCUACAAAUUAUGGCCCCCUUUGAUGCUACGAUGAAGAUCCAACCAACCGGAGACUAUGUGGACGAGUCUGUCUUGAAACUUCAACAAUCUCUGGCCGCCGCAACACAGCAACACGAUCCGCUGGCGGCACUCAAACAAGUGCGCGAGGAUCCUGAACUUGCUCGCAAAGCUGCCGAGAUGUUUGAGAAGGAUCGGAUCCGAACAGCUCGCAAGCGAGAGGCGGCUGAAGAACGAGCAUUUGCCAGGAAGACCGGUGUGUUGGGACGCAUUGGAAUGGGCGGCCGCUCUGGAGGGGCUGGACUCAGUGUCGCAGGUCUCGAGGAUGACGAUGGGUAUGCCAGGCCGAAGGGACGAAGACCCGGAACCAAAGGCAAGAGACGCAAAACCAACCGAACCGGUGACAUUUACUCGGAUGACGAAGACGAAGACAAUCAUCGUGGCAGAGGUGCUGAUGAGUAUGACCGCGAGGAUGACUUCUUGGCUGCCUCGGAUGAAGAACCAGAAAUCUACGAAGACGACGAUGAAGUAGAAGCCGAAGAAGACGACCCUGAUGUUGAUGAUCUAGAGAUUGAUGGUCGGGAGACAGUGGUGGACUCACGCACUCGUGGUCAGCAAGGCAGGCGGGAUCCGGAUCGUGGUGGCUCACCCAAACGAGGUGCCAGUGAAGAUGACGAGGGUGCUGGUGGUGGUGUACCCAGACAAAAGAAACGGAGAGUCAUCGAUGACGAGGAGGACGACUAA